CUUCCUCACUCACUCCUCACCCACUACAGCCUGCAACCAAGCCAGCUUCGCCUUGCGCACCACCCAUAAGACCUCCCCCCCCCCUCUUACGUGAGAGCGCAAUACCGCCAUCAUGGGCAGCAGAGAAGAGGUCGAUGCCCGCCUGGCCAUGGAGGAGGUGACUCCACUCCAGGAGGAAGAGAAGGAGUACAAGGAGGCGAUCAUCGAGGCCCUCACCCCAGAGCAGGCAGAGAAGAUGACAGAGCUUGAUUUCAUCACCAUCAUUCGCGGCUACCAGACAUACAACCCACGCAAGGAGGAGACUGUCAAGGCAGCAAAGAUGAUCGCGGACUGGCGUGACAAGGUUGACUACUACCAUUUCCUUGACCAGAGGCUGGAGAAGGACGAGAUGUUCCACAAGCUGUGGCCAGAGUCCAUCUAUGGCGAGGACAAGUAUGGGCACCCCAUCGUCUACAUGCGCGUUUCCGAGAUUGACACAGACAAGCUCGCAGAGAUGAACGAGGAGCACAUGCUGAGGUUGCAAGGCCAGAAGCAGACGGCGUACCUCAAGUACAAGGAGGACAUCUCCAAGCGCCGUGGUGAGCAGCGCUACAAGUACAUUCUCAUUGUUGACCUCAAGGGCACCGGCAUGGGCAUUCUUGGCGGCAAGAAGCGCGGCAUGCUGCAGAAGAUCUUUGCUGUUGGCGCUGACAACUUCCCCGAGAGCAUCUGGAAGAUUUUCGUCAUCAACACCCCAUUCCUCUUCAGGACGGUGUGGGCGAUGAUCAAGCCGUGGAUCCACCCCAUCACGCAGGCGAAGAUCAACAUCCACGGCGGUGUGAGCGACGCCGUGAAGAAGAUGAAGGAGGCUGGCAUCUCCGCCACCGCCAUCCCAGAGCUCAUGGGCGGCUCGUGCAAGCCCGUCAACACCUUUGAGUACAUGAUUGGCGUGAUCAAGGCAAACCAGGAGGCGGCUGCAGAGGGUGGUGCCGAUGCUGAUGCUGCUGCUGAUGACGAUGAGGGCGAUGGUGAUGAUGCGCAGGAGGAGAGCGCCGAUAAGGCUGCAGAUGAUAUGGGCCACCUUGCCGUCGUGUAACGAAUCAACCCAAACAGAAACCAAAACAACCCCCUCCCACGUGCUGUCGUUUGUUGUUGUCGUUGGUGUCUCGUGCCUGUCGUUGUUUGUUGUUUGUUGUUUGUUGUUUGUUGUUUUUGUUGGUUGUUGUUGUUGUUGUUGCUCUGACCCUCUCUUCACAUGUGUGUGUGUGCGUGCUUGUGUGCGUGUGGCCAUGGACAUGUCUUCUGUGUUGUGUUGUUGUGAUGUUGUGUUUGCUUGAUUGAUUCCUCUGCUGCACACUCCGGUGUGCAAUGUGACUGAUUUGCUUUCUCGGUUCUGAUUGAUUGGCAACAAUGAACGUUUAGCUCUCGGGUA